AUAGUAUUCACACUCAUCAAUCAUAUUGAUAAUUUCCUUGUGAUAUUUUUUCGUAAAAAAAAGAAGAAGAAAAGGAGCCUCUCAAGAACACUAGAGAAAUCAAAGUGACAUACUUGCCAUGGAAAUCGUUGGUGCAGUGGUUAACAUGAUGCAGUGUUUUUGUGGAGAGACCUGUUCUCGUCAAUCCGUUUCUGAAACAUGUACAUACCUGAGAAGGCCUCGUGCAUUAGCAAAUAGACUUAAUGAAAAGAUGGAAUUGCUUAAAGCUCGGGAGGAGGAUAUCAAAAGGAAGUUACAUGUGGAAAAUGUAUGGCGUGGUAUGGAGCCAAAGGCUGAGGUAAACAUGUGGCUUAUCAAUGUAAGAAAGAUUACAAGUAGUAUUGCCAGCAUGCAAGAGAAACUUACUAUAGACAAGAGGUGUUUAAACAGAUGUUUGCCAAAUUAUAUGUCUCGAUUUAAGCAGGGGAAACGCAUCAAUAAGAAAAUUAAAGAAGUUGACAGGCUCCUGGGCCAGAGCAUAUUUCCAGAUGCUUCGUUGGUUGAUAUGAUGCCUCGGAGGGGAAAGAUAUUGCCGGCAUCCUCAUUAGUAGGAGAAUCUGCUCAAAGAAGUUUGGAGACUGUAUGGGAGUAUUUGAAUGAUGAACACUCUGGGAUAAUUGGUAUUUAUGGAAUGGGGGGUGUGGGUAAGACAUCCAUCCUCGUAGAAAUCAAUAAUCGUAUUUUGAGAGAGAGCACAAUUUUUGAUAAUGUCAUUUGGGUCACAGCAUCCAAUGAUUCAAAUGUCCAGAAAUUGCAAAAAGAUAUUGCUAGAGCAAUAGGUUUAUCUUUUGACGAUGAAGAUGAUGAAAUGACAAGAGCAGCUCAAUUACUUGAAGCGUUGAUGCGAAGAAGUAGAUUUGUUUUAAUUAUAGAUGAUUUGUGGGAAGCAUUUCCUUUGGAGGUUAUAGGAAUCCCAUACCCAUAUUACGGAUAUGACUGCAAGUUGAUAAUAACUACUAGAUCCAUGAUAGUUUGUCGUGGCAUGGAAUCAGUGAGGGAAGUUGAAGUUAGUGUUCUUUCAGAGGAAGAAGCAUGGAACCUCUUUAAACAAAAGGUCGGUGAGGAGGUGCUAGCAUCUCCAACAUUACAAGCUGUUGCCAAGGAUGUGUCAAAGGAGUGUGGAGGUCUCCCACUAGCUGUUGUAACAGUUGGUCGGGCUUUAAGAAGAGAAAAUGAUCUGAGGCAAUGGAAAAAUGCAUUAAACCAGCUGAAAAGUGCAACGGGAAGAAUAGAAGGCAUGGAGAAUCGAGUCUUUGCACGUCUGAGAUUUAGCUAUGAAAGACUGAAGGACAAUGUGACUCGUUCAUGUUUUCUUUAUUGCACAUUGUACCCAGAGGAUCAUCAUAUCGAGACCGAAGAACUGAUUAAGUACUGGUCAUGGGAAGGCCUGUUGGAUAAUCUUGGGUACGGAGAAUCCAAGAUGCUGCAGGGAAAGAUGAUAUUAGAUGAACUGAAACAUGCGUGCCUUCUAGAGAUCAUUGGAUGUCAAGAAGGUAGUUUGAAUGAAUAUGUCAAGAUGCAUGACCUCAUUAGGGAUAUGGCGAUAGCUGUUACAAGAGAGAGUCCACUCUUUAUGAUCCGAGCAGGACAUGAGAUGCGUGUCCCACCAGUUGAGAGUGAAUGGCUCGUAGGGCUUGAACGAAUCUCGUUAAUGAGAAAUGAUUUGAACUCUUUGAUUUUGGAACCGAGAUGUCCUCAGUUAACCACCUUGCUAUUGCAGUAUAAUUCACUGACCAAGGGAGUACAUCCUUCUUUCUUUAACCAUCUAAAAAGUCUUAAAGUUCUGGACUUAUCUUACACAGGCAUCUCUGGGUUGCCUGAUUCACUUUCUAAUCUCAAAAACCUUCAUGCUUUGCUUCUACGAAGUUGUUGGAACUUGCAUCACGUGCCAACAAUGGAAAGGCUAAAGGAGCUGAGGGUUUUAGAUCUCUCUUCUACAUCAAUUGAGUCUGUGCCCCCGGGGAUGGAAAUGUUACUCAAUUUGAAGCAUCUGGAUCUCUCCCACACUACGCUUAAUGAAUUUGAUAUUCAAAUUUUAGGAACAUACAGAUUUCUGGAGAGUCUCUUAACUAUUGGUCUAUGGCAACCUCUAAUGUUCGGUUCCGAUUUUGUUAACGUUUUGAAAUGCUGCACCAUCUUGACAACCCUUGAAGCCAAUUUCAGCAACUUGCAGGACUUCAACUAUUAUGUCUUAUCAGAUCACUGGAACACACUUGAGAGUUUCAAAUUUUGUGUAGGCUAUCCCCAAUCCUCUAAACUACCCGGAAAAAAUAGCGUAGGAUUCUUUGGGAUUUACAUUGUUGAAACAGAAGCCUCUUCUUGGUUGCCAGGUAUACUUGAGUUGGUCAUUCAUGAAUGUUCUGGAAUCACUCACUUACCUAUGUUUAUUAUGAACGAUUCCUCCGACCUGAAACGUUGCAAAAUAAAGUACUGUGAUGAGAUGGAGUGGAUUAUAACUCCCGAGUGGGGCACAUUUCCUAAUUUAGAGUUGCUAGAGAUUGAGGGCCUGAGCAGACUGCAGAAUAUAUGUAAGGGGAUUCCACCAACAGGCACUCUUUCAAACCUUAAGGUGUUGAAUGUUAUUGCUUGUGAUAAUCUCAUGACUCUGUUACCACUUGAGUUAGUGCAGCAUCUCAAAAACCUCGAAAAGCUCGAGUUGGAAAACUGUUCGAUGCUAGAGGAGAUCAUAGUCACUGAUGCGGAAAAUGAAGAGAUCAUUCAAGAGAACAAUGGUGAAGUGGUCCUCCCAAGUUUGCAAAAAUUAAGAUUAGUUUCUAUACCAAGACUGAGAAGCAUAUGCAGAGGUCCAAUGAUUUGUGAUUCGUUAACGACUAUAGAAGUCGUAGAAUGUCCAGAGCUGAAAAUACUUCCCUUCUUUUUGGAAAUGAGGCAGCAACUCGCUGCCUCUCUCAAACAGAUAAAAGGAAGCAGAAGUUGGUGGCAGGCGUUAAGGAGGAAGCACCCUACUGCAACGUCCCUUCUUGCUCCACUCCUUAGACCCGAAAGGGAGUAUUCUUCUCCUGCUAAUGAACAUAGUCACAGUGGCAGCUCUGGAAAUUCUUCUUUCGGGGGUCGAUAACAUUCUUACAGAGAAAAAUCAGUAAAAAUACCUUUUCUGGUAUACCUCUGGCUCGCGAGACCACUUCUAGACGUACAUGCUCUGGUUGGGCCUAUCCAGCCCACUGGAUGCCCCUGAAAUUGGGGCAGUAUUUGCCCAGCUCCCACCUGAUGGUGUCCCGAGCCUUACUGGUGGAGCUGCAGCAUAUAGAUAAAAAGGUAAUGUUUUCAUUUGCAUUGUUGUGCUUAUCAUUUGUAAGAAGUCAAUGUCAUAUUGAGUAGUAGCAAAAUUUUCCGUCCUGUUUUCAAUUUCAGCUACAACUUUUUGCUCUUUUUUUUUUACGAGCAAGCAGAUUCAUCAAGUUUAAGCCUGCACCAGUGAAUGAAUGACAAUGUUGUCCUCGUCACCAAGGCGAGGAUGAGCACCAUCAUGCUGCUGAUUAUGAGCAACAGAUAUAUGUAAUCGUCAUGAUCCUGAAAUAUGUUCACAAUGAUAUUGAAUUUUGCAGUACGUUCAAUGGAUUCGAGAGUUAUUGUUUGUUCGAGUGAUUCAGAUAUGUAUAUUUUGCACCAUAGCAACAAUUAUAUUUAUUGUAGUACAGUUUCCUUUUUGUCCUUGAUCAUCCUAUGAUCGAUACAUGAUAUAGACUAUCUCAUUUUUUAUUCUAUUCUAUUUCUGGAGAAAAAAAAAGAGUGACUCAACUUCUCAGUUAGAGUUGGUGGUGGGACCUGCUAGCAUAAUGCACGCUGGAACGUGAGAAUUCGAGGUCUCUUGCACAUUUGCAAGACACAGAUUCUAACAUUAGUUCUAGGUGCUGUUGAGCUUUAUAUAUCUUUUAGACACA